AUGGUGGAUCGAGAAAGCAUACGAGAUGAACAUCGAAAUGAUCCACGAGCCAAUGAAUCGACUGCUCUCCUUGAGCCACAGAGUAGUUCAUCAAUUGACCGACCAGAAAAACUGAUGGGAGAAGAUGAUAUUGUUUAUGUUUUGGAAGAUGGAGAUCUUGAAGUCAGAGAUAGAGCAAAUGAAGAUAUACAAAGUCCACUUCGAUCAGUCAAUAACGUUUUACAAGAGGCUGAAAAUCUUCUCACUGAUGGUCCUUUGGAGAAGCCACUCAAAUCUAGAACCAGAGUUCUGAUGGAUGAAGUUGAUGUCGAAUUUAGUCCUGUACAAAAGCACUCAAUUCCUGGUCAACCAAUUGAAGUGGUUGUUCGACACAGUAAAGUGACAGCAAAAGGAAGAAAUGGUGAAAAUAGUGAUGAAGAUGAUGAUAAUGAAGAUAUGAAUGGAACAUCGAAAAACACCAAUCAUACUGAAGCUAAAAGGAAAACAUCGAAAUUGGGGGUUUUGAGAGAAGGAGAACAAGAAGAGUUCUAUCGACAACGAGACCGAGAAGAAGGACUUGGAUCAUCAAGGCAAAAUACAACGAAAAGUACGCCAAGUGGAGGAUGGAAAAAGGGCCAUCGUCGAGCCUUCAGUAUGCCGAAUGCAAAAGGAGAGAAAAUGACUCUUGCUGUCAUCCAAGAUCACAAACAAUCGAAUGACGGAAAUUUGCAUUCACGAAAAAUUGUCCGAUAUCGUCUUCAUGCAAACAAAGCGAUUCAUGGAGGAAAACCCAUCACAAAGGCCAUCUUUUUACCCGAAAAGAAUAACCGUCGAGAAGCUACAGUUCGUUUUGAUGAAAUCAGAAAUGCUGACAGUGACGAUGACAAUGAGCUAGAGGUGGAAAUUAAUGAAGAAGAGAUCACUUAUCCUGGAGAUCUUGGAACAGGAAAAGGUUCAAGAACCGUCAUGAAAAGGUUCUGGGAAGCAAGAUGGAAAGUUCAAAACUUCGAGAUGCUGCCAGAUUGGUUGCAAGACAACGAAUAUCUCAGAACUGGUCAUCGUCCUCCAUUGGCUUCGUUCAGUUCAUGUUUCAAAAGUAUUUUUGCUAUUCACACAGAAACCGGGAAUAUCUGGACGCAUAUGUAUGGAUGUGUUGCUUUUAUUGGUAUUGCUCUGUGGUUUUUGACAAGACCGGCCGAUUCAGUUCAAUUUAUGGAAAAGCUAAUUUUUUCGGCUUUCUUUUUUGGAGCAGUGGUUUGUAUGGGAAUGUCAUUCGUUUUUCACACUGUUCAAUGUCAUUCAGAUCAUGUCAGCAAAUUCUUUAGCAAACUUGAUUAUACGGGAAUUUCUUUGUUGAUUGUCGGCUCAUUCAUUCCAUGGAUCUACUAUGGUUUUUAUUGUCGGCCCCAACCGAUGAUCAUCUACAUUACAAUGAUUUCCAUUCUUGGGAUUGCAGCUAUGAUUGUUUCUCUUUGGGACAAGUUUGCUGAACCGAAAUUCAGACCAGUUCGAGCGGGAGUUUUUGUAGCAAUGGGUCUCUCAUCUAUUUUCCCAGCUAUUCACUUUUUUGUAACUGAUGGUUUUUGGGUUAUGUGGAAUGAGGCGGGAUUGAUGUGGUUAUUGGUGAUGGGAUUCUUUUAUUUGUUUGGUGCUGCUCUUUAUGCCACUCGAAUUCCCGAGAGAUUCUUCCCGGGAAAGUGUGAUUAUUGGUUCCAAUCUCAUCAACUUUUCCAUACAUUUGUCGUCCUUGCCGCAUUCAUUCAUUUUCAUGGGAUCACUGAAGUAGCGAUGAAACGAUUGGAAAAAGGCAGCUGUGCUGAGCAACUUUUGCAGAGAUACGGAGUCGAAUCAAAUCCAACUUGGUUGGGGACACUUCUCGGGUUGGAUCAACCACCAGACACAAUUAAUUGGACACCGGAUCCCAACGAUAUCAUCUUCAAAAAUAACACACUA